AUGUCCUGCGUAUCCGCACCCUACCGGAUGCUUACUCGUUGCGUAACCAAAUCAGUGGAACCUUUUCCGUUGAUUGGUUGUGUCUCAGUUCGAGGUGGGCAUUGGGAGACACGAUCGUACCGGUGGAAAGAUGAUGCCAACGGUAUGUCACACAAAGAACGUCAGGAUUCUGUCUCAUCCUAUUAUACACAAUCAGCAGUGGAUGUUGCAGCAGCGAAGCAUGAUAUAUAUUUGGACGCGUUUAAACAACUGGCAAGUGCUCCGCCGGUGGAAACCUUGGAGGACGAGGAGGAAUACAGUCGUAUCUUAAAAUCUCUACUGGAUGAACAUAGUCAGGUGCUCGGUUUAUUGGCUCGUGGUUUCAAAGAAUGUCAGAAUCGGAUUAAGGUAUGA